AUGGCUGCCUCCGUUGAUCCUCUCGUUGUUGGGCGAGUGAUCGGAGAUGUGGUGGACAUGUUUGUCCCAACUGUGAACAUGUCUGUCUACUUUGGGUCCAAGCAUGUCACCAAUGGCUGCGAUAUCAAACCUUCCAUGGCCAUCAACCCCCCCAAGAUCACAGUCUCUGGUCAGCCCGGCGAGCUCUACACUCUGGUGAUGACUGACCCCGAUGCUCCGAGCCCGAGUGAGCCGAGCAUGAGAGAGUGGGUCCAUUGGAUCGUGGCUGACAUCCCUGGAGGAACAAGCCCUGUUAGAGGGAAAGAGAUACUGGCUUACGUGGGUCCGAGGCCACCAGUGGGAAUUCACCGCUACAUUCUGGUGCUGUUUCAGCAGAAGGGUCCGAUGGGGCUGGUGGAGCAGCCGUCCUCUCGUGCGCACUUCAACACUCGGUUUUUCGCUGCGCAGCUCGACCUUGGUCUGCCUGUUUCCACCGUCUACUUCAACUCCCAGAAGGAGCCAGCAAACAGGAGGCGCUGA